AUGACCGAUCGUAAGCCUCUUCUGUCAAAAAAUGAACAGGAUUACGAUGAAAUUAAUGGAAUUUCUAUGGGAAAUAGAGCUGUAAAUCCAUCAGUUCUUCAACAUAAUGUUGUUAUUUUACCAAUCGAUGAAAAUAGUAAUAAUAAAGACAAUAAUAGUACAAAUAGUAGUAAUAAUAAUAAUAAUAAUAACAAUAACAAUAAUAAUAAUAAUAAUACAUAUCAAGAAAUUGGUAAAGGUUCAAAUACAACAACUACAAAUACAACAACUACAAAUACAACAACUACAAAUACAACAGAUAAAAAUAAAAAAAGAAAGAAGGAUAAAAUUCCAUCUCUUUAUAUUGCAGAAAAAGAACAACCAAUUACAUUUGACGAUUUUGGAAUUACAGAUGAUACAAAUCCAAUAGAAGUUAAACAUCAAAUUCAAAAUCAUAUGUUUGGUUUUAAACCAUUCAAAAGUAAACUUACAAAGAGAAGAGUUGAAGAACGUUCGCCUGAAGUUCAAAGUUUAUAUUCCGAUGAGCGAAAAGAUACAAAUCCAAAUUCAAUUCCAAAUACAAUUGGAAAUGUAGUUUAUUGUAUAAUAUUUGGAUUCCCAUUAUCAAUUCUAUAUGUAAUUUGUAGUAUAAUAUUAUGUUUAACUUAUUUUGGAUUACCAUAUGGUAAAUUAUUUUGGAGAUUAAAAGGAUUUGUUUUUUGGCCAUUCGGAAAAUAUUUACAAUUAUCAACUACAAAUUCAUUAUUUGGUCAAGAUGAAGAGAGAUUACCAAUUAGUAGUGGAAGAAGAAGAGCUCAAUCAAUUGCACAUAGAAAAUUAACUUUAUAUAAUUAUAUUGGUGCUUUUGUUUAUUAUCUUUUUAUUGCACCAUUUAUUAUAAUUUCUGAAACUAUAGUUUUAUCUUUAGCUUGGAUGUUAGUUGUUUCAAUUCCAACUGCAAAAAAUCACACUAAAUUAUUAACUCAUUUAAUAACAAAUCCAUUAAAAUUAAGAAUUGAAGAUUAUCCAAGAGCAGAUUGUCAAAUUUUAUUAUAUCCAGUUGAAGCAUUUAAUAGAUUUUAUUAUAAAUAUACAAUUAAUGGAAUGAAUGUUAAUUAUUUUACUAAUUUUUUAUUUUUUUAUUUUAUUUUAUUUUUAGAUUUAUUACCAUUUGUAAUUAUAUCAUUGGUAUUUGGAUUCUUUUUAGAAGAUAAGAUAAAUCCAAUUGUUAUAUUUAUUUGUUGUUUAUUAUCAACAAUUCCAUUAUCAUAUUAUAAUGGUAUGGCGAUUGCAAGUUUAUCAGCACAAACUAGUUUUGCAAUUGGUGCACUUAUUAAUGCAAGUUUUGGAUCGAUUAUAGAGCUAAUUCUUUAUGUUGUUUCAAUUAGUGGUGCACAAGAAGAGGUAGCAAGAUCAGCGUUAACAGGAGCAUUAUUAGGUUCAAUGCUAUUGAUUCCAGGUUUAUCUAUGGUUAUUGGUGGUUUAAAACAUAAGGAACAACGUUUCAAUCCAACUUUAAUGGGAGUAAAUACCAUUCUUUUGAUGAUUGCUGUUGUUGCAGCAUUUGCACCAACAUUAUUCUAUAAAAUUUAUGGUAGCUUUGGAUUUAGCUGUACAUCCUGUAUUCAACAACCAACCAAUGUUACAGUGGAUGGUGUUGCAAUCAAUGGAACCACCACCAAUACAUUGAUGGAUUGUGGUAAAUGUACAAUCGUCUCGUCGGAUUUAGACGAAGAUCCAAUUUACACACAAAAAGCACGUACACUUAUGUAUAUUUGUUCUGGUAUACUUCCAUUGACCUACUUCAUUGGUCUUUUAUUCACAUUGAAAACUCAUACUCAUAUACUUCAUGCACCACCAGAAAAGAAGAAACAAGAGCCUACUGAUGAAACAAAGGAAAAGAGUAUAGAAUAUGAAUGGUCAAAAUUACAAUGUAUCAUUGUGUUAUUGGCUUGUACAACCAUGUUUGCAUUGGUAUCAGAGAAAAUGGUUGGUACGAUCGAUCCAGUGGUUAGUGCAUUGGGUUUAACACAUGAAUUUUUAGGUGUAACCAUUCUUGGUAUCAUUCCAUCCGCUGCAGAGUAUCUAAAUGCCGUCCAAUUUGCAAUUCAUAAUAAUAUGCCUUUGGCUUUAGAAAUUGGUGCUUCUGCUGCCGUUCAAAUCACUUUAUUCCAAAUGCCAGUAUUGGUUUUCAUUUGUGCAGUUUAUAAUCAUCUAAGUAGUGAAGGAUCUUUCACUUUAAUUUUCCCAUUAAUGGAUUUCUUUGCUAUCUUUUUUGGUGUAAUGGUUAUGAAUUUAGUAUUUUCAAAUGGUAGAACAAAUUAUUUCAUUGGUUCAACUCUAGUUAUCAUUUAUUUAGUAAUUGUAUUUUGUUUUUAUUUUACUCCAGUUGCUUGA